AUGGGUUCUCUUAAUACCGUCAUCGUCGAAUCAGCCUGCGUCAUCGCCAACGAAAUCGGCGCCCACGCCCUGUUCGUCUACGCCGACGCCAUUCAGGACUAUCCCAUCCCCAGCGGCAUGCUGGACGCCACCGACAUCAUCCUGAUCACCCACUCCGAAAGCCGCACCGAGCCCAGCGCGGAGGUCUCCGCCACCCUGCGCCUGCCGCCCAUUCCACUCACCCGCAUGGGACAGAUCAAGCUCGCCGUGGUUAUGGCGCUGUCCGAGGGCCACGUCACCGAGGGGGACAAGAUCGUCUGCCUGACCGGAUCAUCGGUUUUCGGCUCCCUCGAUUGCAUCGUCGUGCUCGACAUCGGCAAGGAACGGGAGUUGCUCAUCUCCACGAACGUGUCGGCCAUCGCGGGCAACAUCCCCUCCGCGGUUUUCGAGGCACUGUUGAAUCUCGCGGUGGAACUGGCCAGCCAGGGACGCGAGGGCAAGCCGGUGGGCGCCACCUUCGUGCUGGGCGACCACGACAAGGUGAUGCAGUUCUCGCGUCAAACCAUCUUCAACCCGUUCCAGGGCUAUCCCGCCGAGGAGCGCAACCUGCUCAACCCGCAACUGCGCGAAACCCUGAAGGAGUUCUCUGCCCUCGACGGCGCCUUCGUCAUCCGCGAAGACGGCGAGGUGACCUCCGCCGGCCGCCACCUCAACGCUGCUCUGGAAUCCACCGUCGACCUGCCCCAGGGCCUGGGUUCCCGCCACGUCGCCGCCGCCGGCAUCACCUCCGUCACCGAAGCCGUCGCCAUCGUCAUCUCCGAAUCCACCGGCGACGUACGCAUCUUCAAAGACGGCGCCAUCUUCAUGGAAAUCGAGAAGCCCUCCCGCCUGACGGUGUCGCCUCUGACAAGCUGA